UGGUGCAAUACGGGUGGGAAAAGUCAGGCAUAACAGCUAAACAUGGCAGGAGGCAAAAAGAGGACUGUUCGCCAGUCCACGUUUCACAACACAAUAAAUUCCAUAUGGCAGGACAAACACCUGAUUUUAUUCAAGCCAGAGCACACACUCUUGGUCGCGGCGGUCCUGUGGUUUGUGGAAAUCGGCAUUAACUUGUGGGUCAUUCAAAAAGUAUCAUAUACAGAGAUUGAUUGGAAAGCCUACAUGGAUGAGGUUGAGGGUGUCAUAAAUGGCACCUACGAUUACACCCAGUUAAAGGGAGACACGGGGCCUCUUGUGUACCCAGCUGGAUUUGUGUACAUUUUCACUGUGCUUUACUAUAUUACAGACCAGGGGCUGAAUAUUAGACUGGCACAGUAUUUGUUUGCUAGCUUCUAUCUUAUCACUCUUUUUUUGGUCUUCCGAAUUUACCACCGUACAAAGAAGGUCCCACCAUAUGUUUUUUUCUUUGUAUGCUGUGCAUCAUAUCGAAUCCACUCCAUCUUUGUGUUGCGACUCUUUAAUGACCCUGUGGCAAUGAUGCUGCUCUUUGGAGCAGUAAACCUAAUUCUGGAUGCACACUGGACCCUGGGUUGUGCACUUUAUAGUCUAGCUGUGUCGGUGAAGAUGAACGUGAUGCUAUUUGCUCCAGGACUCCUCUUCAUCCUCCUGUCAGAGUUUGGACUGUUGAAGACUCUUCCCAAGCUCACAAUCUGUGCCAUCAUCCAGCUUGUUUUAGGUUUACCCUUCCUCUUGGUGAAUCCUUUAGGCUACAUGACCCGGGCGUUUGAUCUGGGCCGUCAGUUUCUGUUUAAGUGGACGGUGAACUGGCGAUUCUUGCCUGAGGACGUUUUCCUCAGCAGGUACUUCCACCUGGUGCUGUUAUUUGCACACCUGGCCACACUUCUCUGUUUUGCUUUGAGGAGAUGGAAGAGGUCAGGGAGCAAUGUUUGGGUUCUUUUCAAAGAUCCUUCUGUGAGGAAGCCAAUGACACGGAAGCUCAGUGCUGAUCAGAUCGUUCUCAUAUUGUUCUCUUCAAACUUUAUUGGUAUGUGCUUCUGCCGCUCGCUGCACUACCAGUUCUACGUUUGGUAUUUCCACACUCUGCCCUACCUACUGUGGAGCGGUGGGGUGAAGAAACUGGCUCACCUGCUCAGAGUGUUGAUACUGGGUCUGAUAGAGCUGGCAUGGAACACGUAUCCCUCCACCGCCUACAGCUCUUUGUCCCUGCAUGUCUGCCAUCUCAUCAUCUUGCUGUGUCUGUGGUUCAACCCAACCUCUCCUCCACCAGAUACAGGCUCAGAGUCGCAUAAGACCAAACGUCAAUGAGUGCUGCUCUACUGGCACCUGUGUUCUUGCUCCAUGCACAACUCUCUCUGCUGGGUGCAGGAGGGAGAACGUUAGCACUGCUGUUUUUUCAGCCUGUGACCUCUAAAGGAUAAGAUGGAUUCAGAUGUUAAUGUGCAGGAAAAUCUUAAAGAACAAUGUUUUUUCAUGUGGAUCAGCAUAUAAUGUGACUUUCUACAUGUACCCCAUUACAUGCAAAUUGAAAAGACCAAUGGUGUCACUUAAUGAUUUGGGGACAAUGAAAGGCUUACCUAUAGCAGUGAUUUUCAGCAUUUUUUUUUUUUUUUUUAAAUUUACAGCCAAAUUGACCACAUCUGAUUCAGCUAUCAGUAGUUGGAAUUUCAUCUGACUAUUGUCUGGUAUACCAUUUAGUAUGAUAUUUUUGGACAUUGUAAUUUUUUUUACUUAAGGGAAUACUUUGCAUUCCCUUAUGUUCACAUAUAGUUUUACAACAAAUGUGAAAAAAAACAUAGUUAAUUGAAAUAGGCAACUACAAACUGCCUCAAUUUAAACACAUGCAUGUACAAACAUAGAUACUUUUUUGAAAAGACAUUAGUUAGCUGGAUCGGGUUUGUUUGAUUUGCAUCGGAACUAAUGAACUCCCCGUGACCCGAGGUAGUUCGGAUAAGCGGUAGAAGAUGAAUGAAUGAAUGAAUGAAUGAAUAAUUAACUGUGCAGGAAGGAUCUCAGGGAGAUUAGUGGGUUUGAUGCACGUUUAUCUAUAUAUUUGGUGUUUGUUAUUAGUAAGCUGGAGAAUUCAAAAUGGAAUUAUAAUGGAAUGUAUAAUGAAUGGGUAUAAAGGGGAGAAGACUUUUUGGACAUCGUGCUUAGUAAUAACUCUUCUGUAGACCAACAUGCAGUUGAAAGCUGGCCACAAAUGUUAGAAACAAAUCAGCAUCCUUUUGGCGUUUUUUACUCUAAAGACUAAAUCAUAGGGUAACGUUUUUGACUGAAAUAAAAUGUGAUAGGAACACCGAUGUGAAGUUGUUUGCAUUGUGGAAUAGUAAAUGGUACUUACAGUGCCACCUCAUACUUUCAUGAAUUUCUUUUCAAUAUGGAGUUGAUGCACAGAGUGUCCAGUUUAUUAGCCGUCAUUCGUUGGCCAUAUUUUGAGGUCCCCAUGACAGGAACUUUCCAGGUCUACAAUUUCUUUUGAGGGGAAAUAUAAUCAAUAUAAUCUCUUAUGAUGGAAAAUAAGAAUUUGGUCAUUUGUUUUUCAUUGAAUUGAGUAGAAUUGGAUUGUUCAGGUGUUCUUUAAAGGCACACCUAUAUAUAGAUGUGCCUGAUGUCGUUGUGAAGGAGUGUAAAUACAAUGCAUUAAAAGGUCUAGAAAAAAGUCUAUAAAAAGCCGCCACAUAUAAAGUGUGCUCUCGUCUGCAAUUAGGUUAUUAUAAUUUAAUUUUUCCUGAAAAUGUUGCUGAUUGUUUGUCCUUUUAGUUUUUAUACAGUGUAUUUGACAUUGAGGCUGGAAAAAGUUCUGAAAAUGUAUCUUGGUAUCAUCACAAAAACUUGCCAGUUUAACAUGGACAUGACUCUUUAUAUCCAUUGUACAUUGUAACAAACUAGAAAUGUUCCUUUUGACCAUCUUGCAGGUUUUAUCAACUUAUUCGAUUGCAGCCAGUCUGAAAAACUGGUUGCUUUUUGUCUCAACAGCCGGUACUUAUCUUUUACUUUUAAGAUUUUUUGAGAGUAACUAAUUCAGGAAUACAGAACAGGGCACAAAAACAACAUGAAACUAUUUCCAUUUACUUUUUUCCCCCAUGUCUUUUCCUAAUGGAUGUAAUUCAAUAGUUUUUUUUCUAGUUUCAAUAGUAAGUAUUUUAAGUUGGAAGUUAUUUUUGCAUGACUAGAUUUUGUCAUGCUUUGUUACUGUUUUUGUGUGAUCUCUUAAAUACAUAAUGCAGCUGCAUACAGAUUUAAUAUGGUGUAUCUGUUAAAUACACCAGGGCUAUAAACCAUCAUGGCAUAGUACUGUGACUUGGUAGCAACACGAUGGCAUAACACUCUUGUUUUUAAAAAUAAAGUUUAUUGCAAGA